AUGGAUCCAUCCAGCUUUAAUGGAAAGACGGUCUGGAGCUGGCCAAGGACCCAACCGGUCUCUUUCACAGAGGAGACUCAAAAAGGCAAAUCUCAGUCCCGAUUCAACACAUUCGAAUACUGGAAUUACGACUUGGGCUCAGGUAUAGACCCUGUACUGAACGCGGAAAUUGUUGAAGAAGACGAUUUCAGCACAUGGCUUAAGCGUCAACCCGUGAUCAAAUCCCCCUCUAGUAGUCUGAGACUUGUUUUCUUCGUGCAACCUAUCAGAAGCGCGAUCCCUUUCAAGAAGAGUAACUUUGAAACGAUGUGCGAAAUCUUUGGUCUCCCACCUGUGGAGUUGCACUGGGCAUCUGAUCAGACCGGCGCGUGCGGGAUGUUUGUGACGGAAGGAGACGAAUAUACUGUAAUUUGCUCUCAGGAUAUAAAUUCGUCCGCUCUCGCGUGUACAAUUAGAUACCAGUCCGCAUCGAACAUAACGAGCGGGUACAUACGAACAUCGUUCCCAACAGAAUUCCAGGAUCUGGAUUUGACUUCGCAAUACCAUGCAUGCCCACAUCCGAUUCUCAUACCAGUUCUGCUCAUCGAAUAUGCAGUCCGAAACAUCUCGGUGAACAUGUACAACAUUUCCUCCGAAGUCUGGAAAAUUAAAGAGCAGACUAUGCGUGAAGACCUCCCGACAGUUGAAUAUAAGAAAUUAUCUUGUCGAGCAAGCGACAUUGCUGGCAAGCUUAUCAUGAAGGCAUCUGCUCUGGAACUCAAUCUGUUGAGGCUCAAUACUCUGGAGAAGAAGUUAGCAUAUAUGGAUACACAUCUACCAAGUUCGAGCAUGCAGAAAUUGAGCACACAUUCUGUGGCACUUCAUAGUAGGAUAGCAUUCAUAAGCAACAGCGUGGAGCAUGCACUUUUGCUACGUGAGGCCUGGGUGGAACGAUGCCGGUUUUCACAGUCACUUCUUUCAGACCUUAUCGGUCUCCAGAAUAUGUCCCCUGUAGGACAGGUAGUACCGGUAUGUCCGCAAUGUCACCCCUCAGCCGGAUCAGAUGGACAACCUCCCCGAUACGAGAUAUGA